UAUUCGAGGAUCGAGAAUGGAUGGGGAUGGGUCGCUCUCUAACGGCACCAAGAUAAAGGUGCCAAACGGAUACAUAAAUGGGUAUGGACAUCAUCAGAAUGGUCACAUUAAAGGACAACAGAAAGAUGAGCUCUCAUGGAAGGAGAAGUUUUACGAGUCUUUUGAAGAAACACCACUUGUGAUAGCAGUGUUGACAUACAUUAGUUAUGGAGUACUUGUUUUAUAUGGACAUUUCCGUGAUUUUCUUAGAAGCUAUAUAUAUCCCUCUGAAACCCUUCCUACAGCUAAGGAUUAUUUAAAGGGGUUUGUACCACUCUACCAGAGUUGGGAAAGUUUUUACACACGUAACAUCUACAGAAGAAUCCGUGAUUGCUGGAACAGGCCUAUUUGUUCAGUGCCAGGAGCAGAGUUUGAAAUUUGUGAGAGAGAAACAAAUGACAGUGGUUUAACUUUUAGGUUCACGGGGAGGAAGAUCAAGGCUAUCAACAUGGGCUCCUAUAACUACCUGGGUUUUGCUCAAAGUGAAGGCCAGUGUGCAGAUGCUGCAGAGGAGGCCACCAGGAAAUAUGGUGUGGGGAUAUGUAGUACCAGACAAGAGCUAGGUAACGUUUGUUUUCACUGGACACAUCUAGGUCUGUCUCUACUACUACUACUACUACGUAGUUUGACUCUUUCUCUGCCGGUCUCUAUUUUCCAUGGUGGAUAGUAGAAACCUGGAAAU